GAGCCGCUGCGGAGCGCGCGCCAAGCCGGCCACCGCGAGCGUGGGGCGAGCGUGGACCGCGGCGCGGCGGAGCGACUCCUUCCAGCGGUCCUGCCCACCGACCCUCGGCGAGGGCGCUGCGCGGCGGCGGGGCCCGCCAGGCCGGAGGAGGCGGCCGUGCCCGGGCAUGGUGGUCUGGGGCUCCGCGGAAGAAGCUCCACCAUGAGACGAGGUGGAUGGAGGAAGAGAACUGAAAAUGAUGGCUGGGAAAAAUGGGGUGGAUAUAUGGCUGCCAAGGUCCAGAAAUUGGAGAACCAGUUUCGAUCAGAUGCUGCUAUGCAGAAGGAUGGAACUUCAUCUACGAUUUUUAGUGGAGUUGCCAUCUAUGUUAAUGGAUAUACAGAUCCUUCUGCUGAAGAACUGAGAAAACUAAUGAUGUUACAUGGAGGACAAUACCAUGUUUACUAUUCCAGAUCCAAAACAACGCACAUUAUUGCAACAAAUCUUCCUAACACCAAAAUUAAAGAGCUGAAAGGGGAAAAAGUAAUAAGGCCAGAAUGGAUUGUGGAAAGCAUCAAGGCUGGACGACUCUUGUCCUGCAUCCCGUAUCAGCUGUAUAGCAAGCAGUCGUGUGCACAGAAAAGUCUCAACUUUAAUCCUGUAUGCAAGCCUGAGGAUGCUAUGCCAGGUCCAAGCAAUAUAGCCAAACAUCUCAACAGGGUAAAUCAUAUAAUUAAGAAGAUUGAGACAGAAAAUGAAGUCAAAGUUAAUGGAAUGAACAGUUGGAAUGAAGAAGAUGGAAAAAAUGAUUUUAGUUUUGUGGAGCUGGAGCAGAUGUUUUCAGGAAGGAAACAAAAUGGGAUUCCAUGUCACAGAGACAGCACUGCCAUUUUUAGUGGACGCUCUCAUUCCUCUAAUGGUGCCUUAAAGACACAAGAUUGCUUGGUGCCCACGGGCAACAGUGUUGCCAGCAGACUUUCUCCAGACCUUGUCCACGAGGAAGAGAAGCCUGAGAAGAGCAGCACUGACUUCAGAGACUGCAUUGUGCAGCAGUUACAACAAAGCACCAGAAACAUAGAUGGUUUAAGGAAUCCACACAGAACUAAUUCCUUUUCAUUAUCUUCUUUGCACAGUAACAUUAAAAUAAAUGGCGCUCACCACUCCACUGUUCAGGGGCCUUCAAGCACAAAAAGCACUUCUUCAGUACCUACUGUUAGCAACACAGCACCUUCAGCGCCGUGUAAACCAUCAGACUGUAAUUUUAUUUCAGACUUCUAUUCUCGUUCAAGACUGCAUCAUAUAUCAACAUGGAAGUGUGAAUUGACUGAGUUUGUCAAUACCCUACAAAGGCAAAGUAGUGGUAUCUUUCCAGGAAGGGAAAAGUUAAAAAAAAUGAAAACAGGCAGGUCUGCACUUGUAACUGACACAGGAAAUACGUCAGUAUUGAGUUCACCCAGACAUCAGAGCUGUAUAAUGCAUGUUGAUAUGGAUUGCUUCUUUGUAUCAGUGUGUAUACGCAAUAGACCAGAUCUCAAAGGAAAACCAGUGGCAGUUACAAGCAACAGGGGCACAGGAAGAGCGCCUUUACGUCCUGGCGCUAAUCCCCAGUUGGAGUGGCAGUAUUACCAGAAUAAAAUCCUAAGAGGCAAAGCAGCAAAUAUACCAGAUUCAUCAAUGUGGGAGAAUCAAGAUUCUGCACAAACAAAUGGAAUUGAUUCUGUUUUGUCAAAGGCUGAAAUUGCAUCUUGUAGUUAUGAAGCCAGACAAGUUGGCAUUAAGAAUGGAAUGUUUUUUGGGCACGCUAAACAGCUUUGCCCUAAUCUUCAGGCUGUUGCAUAUGAUUUUCAUGCGUAUAAGGAAGUUGCGCAGAUGAUGUAUGAAACACUGGCAAGCUAUACACAUAAUAUUGAAGCUGUCAGUUGUGAUGAAGCACUGGUUGACAUCACAGAUAUCCUUGCAGAGACCAGACUAACUCCUGAUGAAUUUGCAAGUGCUGUCCGUAUAGAAAUCAAAGAUCAGACUAAAUGUGCUGCUUCUAUUGGAAUUGGUUCUAAUAUUCUCCUGGCUAGAAUGGCAACUAGAAAAGCGAAACCAGAUGGCCAGUACCACUUAAAACCAGAAGAAGUAGAUGAUUUUAUCAGAGGUCAGCUAGUUACUAAUCUUCCAGGAGUUGGACGUUCAAUGGAAUCCAAAUUGACAUCUUUGGGAAUUAAAACUUGUGGAGACUUGCAGUAUAUGACCAUGGCAAAACUCCAGAAAGAAUUUGGUCCCAAAACAGGUCAAAUGCUUUAUAGGUUCUGCCGUGGUUUGGAUGAUAGACCAGUUCGAACAGAAAAGGAAAGAAAAUCUGUUUCUGCUGAAAUCAAUUAUGGAAUAAGAUUUACACAGCCAAAAGAAGCAGAAGCUUUUCUUCUGAGUCUUUCAGAAGAAAUUCAACGAAGACUUGAAGCUGCUGGUAUGAAGGGUAAACGACUAACUCUGAAAAUCAUGGUACGCAAGCCAGGGGCCCCUGUAGAGACAGCGAAAUUUGGAGGCCACGGAAUUUGUGAUAACAUUGCCAGGACUGUAACUCUUGACCAGGCAACAGAUAGUGCAAAGAUCAUUGGAAAAGCCACACUAAAUAUGUUUCAUACAAUGAAACUAAAUAUAUCAGAUAUGAGAGGGGUUGGGAUUCAUGUGAAUCAGUUGAUUCCAAUUAAUUCAAACUCUUCCUCGUGUCCCAGUUGCCCAUCAGUUAAGCCAAGCCACUUUGCUGGUGGGUCACAUUCUGUCCUUGAUCUCUUACAAGUUCAGAAAGCUAAGAAAUCCACAGAAGAGGAGCAUAAGGAAGUAUUUCUAGCUGCUAUGGAUCUGGAAAUAUCAGCUUCUAGAACUUGCACCUUUUUGCCGUCUUUCUCUACACAUCUGACGUCAACUCUCAGUCCUAUCACCAACAAAGCUGAGUCUUCAGGGAAAUGGAACGGUCUACAUUCUCCACUAAGUUUAAAGUCAAGAUUUAACCUGAGCAUAGAGGUCCCAUCACCUUCCCAGCUCGAUCAAUCUGUUUUAGAAGCACUUCCACCUGACAUCCGGGAACAAGUAGAGCAAGCGUGUUCUGUUCAGCAAGAACUACAGGGUGAUAAAAAGAAAGAACCAGCAAAUGGCUGUAACACAGGAAUUUUGCCACAAGCAGUUGGAACAGUUUUGUUACAAAUUCCGGAACCUCAAGAGCCUACCAGUGAUGUAGGAAUUAAUGUGAUAGCCCUCCCAGCAUUUUCACAGGUGGACCCUGAGGUGUUUGCUGCUCUUCCUGCUGAGCUUCAAAAGGAACUGAAAACAGCAUAUGAUCAAAGACAGAGACAGGGAGAGAUAGGAAGCACAACUGUGCCAAAGAAUUCGUUACUUCAGUUAAAACCAGCAGUGGUGAAAGAAAGAAAAAGAAACAAGAAAAAAAACCCAAGCAGUCCUCAGAAAAAGAUUCAAAGUCCUCUGAAAAACAAGCUGCUUAACAGUCCUGCAAAGAUUGUGCCAGGGGCUAGUGGAAGUCCCCAGAAGUUAAUUGAUGGGUUUCUGAAACAUGAGGGCCCAGCUUCUGAGAAACCUUUGCAGGGAGAAUUAUCUUCCAUGUCAGUUGUACCAGGCCUUCCAGCUGACCCAUCUGACCGUGUUAGACCCCUACCACCCAACCUAGCUGGAGCCGUGGAGUUCAGUGAUGUGAAGACCUUGCUCAAAGAAUGGAUAACUACUAUUUCAGAUCCAAUGGAAGAAGACAUCCUACAAGUUGUGAAAUAUUGUACUGAUCUAAUAGAGGAAAAAGAUUUGGAAAAACUGGAUCUAGUAAUAAAAUAUAUGAAAAGGUUGAUGCAGCAGUCGGUGGAAUCAGUUUGGAACAUGGCAUUUGACUUUAUUCUUGACAAUGUUCAGGUGGUUUUACAACAAACUUAUGGAAGCACAUUAAAAGUUACAUAAAUACUACCAGGAAGCCUGCUGCUCCCUGCUAGUUGUGCCAUAAGUGCUUGUGAGGUAUUUUCAAAGUGCAUGAUAGUAAUGCUCUGAGUUUUUAUAAUUUAUUUUAAAGCCUUUUGUACAUUUCUUUUCAAUAAGUGCCAAAUUUGUCAGUAUUGCAUGUAAAUAAUUGUGUUCUUUUACUGUAGAAUAGAUUCUAUUUACAAAAAUGUUUGUUUAUAAAGUUUUAUGAAUUUUUACAGUGAAGUGUUUACAGUUGUUUAAUAAAGAACUGUAUGUAUAUUU